AUGAAGUUUCAGGCGGAAAGGACCCCGCCAGGACAAUUAUGUUCCGGUUCUGGUCUGAUACUUUCUGAUACUUGGUGUUGUCCAGAUCAAACUCGAUGUGGCUAUUACUUCAAUACAUGUCGGUCAGGAUUGUCAAUGGGUUCAAAAGUUGGAAUUGGAGUAGCGAUAGCCUUCGCUUUGCUUGUAUUCAUCGUUUGUUUAUCGUGGAUGAGAAGAAAACGUCGACGACAAGAACAGCCAGUAAGAAUACAUUACCAGUCGCAGAAUUAUCAACAACAACAACAACAACAAAACUAUCCUGAUCCACCACCACCUCAACUUCCGAAUACAUUUGUUAUUCAAGAACCACCACCUCCAUACCCCGGACGUCGGAAUGACUAG